AUGUCUGAUCGGAUCUUCUAUAUUCACUCUAACUUGUCCUCUGUCCCCUGGGAGGGCAGCACAGCAGCAGUGGCUCCCAUUUCUCCUCCUACACCUGGUCACUACCAUGUCCUCUACCGAGGGUGUGGAGAAACCCAGGUGGGCUGGCAUGGGGAGACAUACUGCCUGGUUGGUGGCUACCGGGCCUAUGGGGAUGCUCCUGUGGCCACCCCUGCAAAGGUGGAAGCAGAGAAGCCAGUCCCCAGCCACACUCCCAAGAGACGGCGAACUCUGGCAGAGUCGGUCAAAGACCUAGGUUGCUCCAGCCCCAAAAUUCGGCAAUUGCAGCACGGUGGCAGAAGGUUAACCCCACAGAAGCUUGCUGGUUGAGCCACUCUUUAGAGAGGGCAAACGUCAAACUGCCUACGUCAGCUAAUGCCUCUUCCUGCAGUGACCCCUACUGCCCACUACUGGAGAUUAGAACCUGUGCUGCUCUGUCUGAGACUUCCUCAACCAGGAGCUUCUUUCCAUACUAAUUAGCCAUAAGCAAGGAGCCUCAGAAACAGAUCUGAAAUGAGAGUCUGCUCUGAACAUCCCAGGGCUGAAGCUGGCCUGGAAGAAAACCUGAUGUUCCUCUGCUCAAUCCUGGGGAGUCCCUUCUGGGGCAGAAGAAAGAAAAGUCUGCAAGCUGAGGAGGAUCCAGGAGCGGAGACAGGGUGCACAGUGGUCUUAGCAGGGCCCAGUCUACCCCUGGGGCUCCUGCCCUGAGUCAUUGCCAGUGACCACCAAUACAAACCAAGGGAAGCCGGGCUUUUUGAAACUAAAAGAAGCAAUCGGUGGCUACCCAAGGAGCCUCCUGCCUCAAGAGGAAAUAUGAAGAGACCCAGAAAGACCUGCUCCCUGGAGCAAGAACAGGAUAGAGAGUGGAGCAGCACCCACCCAACCCCAUCCUGUCCUGAAGCUCAUGUGUUCCUUUAUUCCUAGCCCUUUCUG